CACUUUACAUUUCGGCUACUCUGUGAAAGUGCAGUGAUGUGGCCUGUGCUCACAUAGAGGUCUGUUACCCUGCAGUGAGCAUUUGUAGAUGAUGGGGAGUGUUCAGCUUUCAUAUUUCCGACUUUUAAAUCUUUUUAUAGCUGCUUUAUUGGAAUGCGGAGCUCAAAGACCCUGUGAACAGCCUCAUCAGUUGAACAUAAGCCAUGUUCAGCGUGACAGCAUGUCCAUUUCUUGUUUAACCACAACCCACCUGCUGGAAACUCUAACAGUGAAACUACGCAAGAAUAACCCUGUUAAAGACAUCUUGAUCUCGCCAGCAUCAGAGCACCAGAAAUGGUCUGUGAGUAAACAUGCUGGUAAUAUUAGACUUAAUCUGAAAGACAUCCAACAAACAGAUGAAGGCCUUUAUGACUGUGAGGUCUACAAAGAUCAAGACUGCCUUAACGCAACUCGAUUUACCCUGACAGUCAAAGACUGUGCAAAAAUGAAGUCUGUCUCUGCAGUAUCAGGCUCUGCAGUGCUGCUGCCUUGCUCUGAACAUCCUCAACGAAACACAACUGAUAAAGUCACUUGGAAAGUCAUUGAAGGUCACCGGUCAACAGAUAUAACACAAUAUCGCUCAUCAUCCACAACCUCAAACAGCACAGAAAAACUCUCGAACCCUCUGUUUGAGAGAGCGAAACAACUAGAGAAUGGUUCUCUGGUUAUUAGAGAUUCAGUAAAGGCUGAUGAUCUGUGGUAUCGAUGCAGAGUGAAUGACACAACCUGCUAUGAAGUGAAGCUGGUAAUCAAAGGUCUUGUUACAGCUAAAUCCACAACACUGUUUACCACAGUCACUCCUAAAAUUCCUGCUGGCCAGAGCAGGGGCAACACUGACACAACAGCAAACAAUCUGACAGCAGUAGUGAUGUCCACAGUGGUGUCUCUGCUUACCAUCAUAUCACUGAUCAUCUGUGUCAUUGUUUAUUUCAAAAAACGAAAGCACAUAAACAACAGCCACACAGAGCUCAACCGCCCGUUAUCUGUAUAUUAUUCAUAUGUUGCAGAAGGGUAUGAUGUCCCGGUGUAUUCUUUAGUUGAACAGACCUCAGCAUCAAUGUCAACCUUUGACACCAGACCAUCAGAAGCCCUUGCAUAUGAACCAUAUGCCAAAUGUGAAGAUUAUCAAUUCAGAAAUGAAUAAUGGUUGUUUUAAUGUUUCUGACAUUAACAUCUCUGAGUAUGUCCCAUUUUAGCAAUUAUAUGGCAUCUUCUAUCAAAAGGGAAAAUCUAUUAUAAGCAAAUAACUCUGGGUAAUGCUGUUAUGAUUUCAUUCUUUUUAAUGCCGUAACGUAAAACUAAUAAUAUGUUGUCAUAAGUUCUUUCAAGCCGAACUUAAAAUAGUAAAAAUAGUGAUUUUUAUUAUACCAGUCAUGCAGUGAUUUGUUUUGUGAGAGACAGUCAUAGCAUGACACAGACUGAUGAUCUGAUAACUGAGAUCUGAUGUAAGAACUAAACAGUUGGAAACAGAAGUUUUAGAUUCAUGUAGCACCUGGUUUAGCGAAGUUAAAAGCAUUAAAUGUGAAAGGAAAUACACAAUAGGCGGGGGUUGGGCUUCCAUCAUGUUUGCAUUGCUUAUUUAUCUAAUUCUUAACCUGUUGAUAUUAUUAUCAUCAUUCAAGUGAAACCAUCUUUUGGUGCACUGCUAGAACCACCUUUAUAUGACAUACAAAAGCAGACUAUUAACCGGUGAGCCUUUUUUGUCUUUUAUAAAGAGGAGUCAAAAUCCACACCCUUGACACACACUGCGUAUAGUAUCACUGAUCCAUCCCAAUCUGUGGAAAAAUAUUGCUUAAUAUCAACUGUCAUCAGGCAUGUACAAAUUGUUGAAACUAUUUUUAAAAUCAAGGGUAGGGUUUCUCAGAGUAAUGCCAAAGGCUAUUUUUCAUGAAAGACUGAUUAUUUCUACUAAGUAUAAUUUACCAAAUAACCAAUUUACAUUUAAAUACAAUUUAAAGCCAUGGACAGAAGACCUUAGAGCAGGGGUGCCCAAACUUUUUCUUAUGAAGGGCCAAAAUCCAAGCUUGAUUGAGAGCUGUCGGCCAAAAGUAUAGCAACUGUAUUACAUUUGUAUUACAUUGAAGUUGCCAUGUGUAAUUUCCUGAUGUAUAUUAUAAUAUUUAUAAAUAAAUAGAAACAAUUACUUCAACCGUA